UUUCUUUAGGUGCCGCGUGGUGGUGUUGGUCAUGACGUCUGUAGUCAGCGAUACAGCCGAGGCUGUUGAACUCUGCCCCGCGUACAACCUCUACUUGAAGCCCAUCGCUAAAAUGACCCUCAGCGUGGCUCUCCCUCAUCUCAAGAUGCCGGGCAAGUCCAUCUCCAACUGGGAGGUGAUGGAGCGACUGAAAUCCAUGGUGCAGCCCGACCAGUUCUCCUCGCUCCGCAUCUCCAAGAGCACCAUGGACUUCAUCCGCUUUGAAGGCGAGGUGGAGAACAGGAGCGUGGUGAAGCGGAUCCUGGCCAGGCUGGAGGGGAAGAGCAUCAAGCUGAGCGGAUUCACAGACGUCCUGAAGGUGCGCGCGGCCGAGAACAAAGUGGAUUUCCCCACGCGCCACGACUGGGACUCGUUCUUCAGAGACGCUAAAGACAUGAACGAGACCGUGCCCGGAGAACGUCCCGACACCGUUCAUCUGGAGGGGCUUCCGUGCAAGUGGUUCGCCCAGAAAGACGCCUCUCCCGACAGACCCUCCGAAGCCGUUUUGAAAGGGGUUUUUGAGCGCUUCGGCAAGAUCCGGAACGCGGACAUUCCCAUGCUGGACCUGUACCGUGAGGAGAUGACGGGGAAGAACUUCAACACCUUCUCGUUUGGAGGACACCUGAACUUCGAAGGAUACGUGCAGUAUCAGGAUCAUACAGGUUUCGUUAAAGCCAUGGACUCUUUGAGAGGAAUGAAGCUGAUGUUUAAAGGGGAAGAUGGGAAAGCUGUCGCCUGCAAUAUUAAGGUGACCUUUGACACCAGCAAACAUUUGAGUGAAGCGUCACUGAAGAGACGUCAGCAGGAGCGUGAGAAACUUCAGGAGCUGGAGAGACAGAGAGAGGAACACAAACGCAAAGAGAAGGAAGAGGAGGAGAAACGCAAGGAGGAAGAGAAAAAACAGCGCGAGCGUGAGGAAGAGGAGAAGGAGAGAAGACGAGAGGAGAAACUGCGCAGACGAGAGCAGAAGCUGAAAGAGAGAGAAGAGAAGAAAAGCCAGAAGAAGAUGAAGAAACAGCAGGAGGAAGAACAGAAGAAGCUUCACCUGAAGAUCGCCACGGAAGAGAGAAAACUGCUUCUGGCGCAGAGGAACCUGCAGUCCAUCCGCCUCGUCGCCGAGUUACUGAGCAGAGCAAAGACUCUCAGACAGCAGCAGACGGAGCAGAAGAGGGCGGAGCUCAUGCGCCUGCAGCAGCUGGAGGAGCGCAGGCGGCUGCAGGAGGAGGAGCUGCGGCGUGUGGAGAGCGAGAAGGCACGUGCGCUGGAGCUGCAGCGGAAAGAACGCGAGCUGCGCGAGCGGCUGCUGGAAAACCUGCUGAAGAAAAGAACCAACACGCAGAGCCACGACAGCGAUCGUGUCCUCACCGAUCUGCAGGCGUGUGACGCGCCGGUGAACGGUGAGAUGAAACCUGCGUCUCUGGUCAAGACGGAAAACCAGGACAGCAAACCAAAGAUGCAAGAGAAGAUGACAAGUGAGGAGCGGGACAGGCCACAGAGAGAGAAGAGGAGCAGAGAGGUGGAAAGCGACAGACGCUCGCGUCGCAGCGGCGGGGGGCAGAGCCGGGAUCGUCACGCUCGCAGGAGUCGCUGCAGUCGCAGCAGAAGUGCACGGAGACGCAGCAGGAGGAGCGGCAGUCGAACGCGACGUGAUCGCGGGAGGCGUGAGCGAGCGAGUCCCGACCGCUGCAGGAAAUACAGUCACGGCCAGAGCAUGAGCAGCAGUCGCAGCAGUCGCAGCUCGAGUCGGUCGUCAAGCAGAGGUCCACGACGACACACUGACAGCCGCUCCAGACGAUAGAGAACCUGUCGUCCAAACACAUCCACAAUCACUCCAAAAUACAAACAAAGAGAUUAAAGACAGGGGUUUUUUUUUUGCAUUUUCAGCAGUUAGUCCCCCCCACACACAUUUCAUUACUUUUACAGAUUACUUUAAGAACAAUUUGAAUUGGUAUUAUUUUAUAAUGUGUUCAGAUGGACUGGUUGGCCUCACGAGGACUCGUCAGAAGAAGAUGAGGUCUGAAGUGAUGUUGGAUGAAAGACUGGAGUUGUUAUUGUUGGUGCUCUUGCAGUGGAUGUUAAAGACACACAAUAGAUUAAAGUGUUUAUUACUUGAAUUUUAAAGUAUAGAAACAGUAAGAGUCAGUGCUGGUUAGUGUAAGACUCUUAAAGUGACGGUUCACCCAAAAAGGAGAAUUCUUUCAUCAUUCACUCACUCUUGUCAUUUCAAACCCGUAUGACACAAAAGAAGAUAUUUUGAAGAAUGUUGUUAACCGGACCCCAUUCACUUGCAUUGGAUUUGUGUCCGUACAAUAGAAGUGAAUGGGUGCUGGUGCUGUUCGGUUACCAACUUUCUUCAAAAUAUCUUCUUUUGUGUCAUGCGGAAGAAAGACAGCCAUAGAGAUUUGAAAUGACAAGAGUGUGAGUAAAUGAUGACAGAAUUUUCAUUUUUGGGUGAACUCUCAAUUUCACCUCAUUUAGAAGUUUAUGUUGCUUGUUGUAGGACUGCGAUAAAGAAUCAACAUUUGUUUUCUUCUACACGAGUAUGAUGUUUGAUUUGGAUUUAAACUUCAGUAUUCAAUGACAGCGGAGCAACACUUGUGACAGUCACAAUAAAAGUGUCCGGAUCUCA